AUGACAUCCGUAAGAAAGAGAAAGAUGAACCGUUCAUCGGUUCGUAAGAAUACGAGAAGAGUCAAGGAUAAAAAGAAGAAUAUUAAUAUUCAUUCGAACCCAAUCAUUGCUGCUAACUGGGAUAAAUCAUUGACUUUACAACAGAAUUAUAAAAAGCUUGGUUUGAGAGCAAAGUUGGGAACUUUGGCCGGGGGAAAAGAACAAGAUGUUAAGACUUUGUCUGAAAUCAAGGCCGCAGAUGCAGCUUCAAAGCCAUCGCUUGCUGACAUCGAGCAAACUACUGAUCCAGCCAAGAUACCGGAAGGUGAAGCUCGUAUAAUCAGAGAUCCGGAAACUAAUGAGGUGACCAGUGUUAUUUAUGGUACAAUGAAAGUGGGUCCAAAGGCUGAAACAGAAGGGGAGAGUUCUUCUGUGAUUAAACAGUUAGAAGAAUAUGCUCAGAAACAUGCACAAGUUAAAAAAGAGAGAAAACCUUCUGCCAGAGAAAAUGAAUGGUUAGAAAAGUUACACGAGAAACAUGGCGAUGAUUAUGAUAAGAUGAUGUGGGACAAGAAGUUGAAUAUAUAUCAACAAAGUGCUGGUGAUUUAAGAAGAAGAAUCACUAAAUGGAAAAAGGCCCAUAAUGUUGAGUAA